AUGUACAUGUAUUACCAUUUCCCAUCAACUUUUCUCGAAAACGUCGCCGAGGAAGAGAAGUUACGGUAUCGAAAGAAAAGAUAUGAGAAUUACCAGAAAGCUGAACCAUAUCGACGUGGCCCUGGGGAACAAGGGGAACGUCUAGUGCUGACAGGGGAACAUGCCGAAAAAGCUAAACUCGUAGCUAGAAAAGAAGCUUUCAAUUUAGUUGCAAGUGACAUGAUUGCCCUGGACCGGAGUUUACGAGACAUAAGAGAUUCAAGGUAUCAGUUGCCUUGUCAGUUUUUUCUUAUUAUUCAGAAAAUCUUCCAGACUCUUUGCAAGAGAAGAACAAUGAAAUUUCUGGCCUACCUUGAUCACUCCUGCCUACCAUGUCUUGUCUUUGGGUAUUCUCUAUCUUUUUUUCUCUUUUUCCUCUUACCUAACUGUCCCUUACCCUUCUUUCCUCCUCAUUGUGGUCUUCAUGCCAGCACCUGUUGCUAUUCAGUUCAUGUUUCUUUUUCUUUCUGGAUUGACAAUUGA